AUGCGAAAGUUCUUUUUGCCAGGAGACUGUGUUUGUGAAAAUGAAGGAUACAUUAAAGGCCAUGGCACUGAGCAAAUAGGUGACAAAAUAUAUUCCAAUUACUUUGGAACAGUUAAUCAGAUCAACAAACUCAUCACAAUCGCUCCAGUUUUUUCGGUUAGAUACACGCCAGAAGUGGGGGAUGUUGUGGUUGGAAGAGUAAUACAAAUAUACAGCAAAAAAUGGAAAGUCGACACAAACUGUAGGAGCGAUACAACACUGAGUCUGGGCGCAAUAAAUCUGCCUGGUGUGAUGCAGCGUAGAAAAUCAGAAGAAGACGAAAUCAACAUGUCAAAAUACUUUGAUAUUAAUGAUGUUAUCGUCUGUGAGGUCCAAAAAGUAAACAAAAAUGGCAGUGCAGCACUACACACGCGAAGUGACAAAUACGGUCGAUUGUCCAAUGGCGUGCUGAUAAAUGUGUCUCCCGAUCUGCUAGUGGCGACUAAGUCUAGGUUUAUUGCGAAAGGCGGAGUAGAAAUUACUAGUGGAUGCAAUGGGCAUAUUUGGAUUUCAAGUAAAAAUGACUCCUCAGAAUCGUUCCAGCAGAUUGCACAGAUUAGAUCGAUUAUUGAAUGCGCAUAUGACCAAAAUGAAGCCGUUGAUCUUGAAGCUAUCAUUAAUAAAGUUGUGGAGUAG